GACCGACUUUUUUCACCAGUUUUUUACCGUCUUUUCACCACCUGGGAAGUGUGAGACUUGAGAGGUGGACAAUACCGUGAAAAGACGGAAAAGAAAUUUACGAUCAGUCAUGAUCGUGGCUCAGCUUGUAUAAGGUAAACACAUCAGCAUCAAAAAACAUUUCUGAUCCAAUUUUGUGCAAAAGCUAUGAAAAUGAUCGCCACUCUCUUCAUUGUCUUUGCUGUUGCUUCUUCAGCUCUUGGUCAAUGUCCAGUUCCUACACCUGUUUCUGGUGCUGACAGAAUGGUUUUCAAAGUGUUGACCUUAUGACGUUCAACACCAAUUUCAUGUUCAAUUGUCUAGAUUGCCGGCCGAUGGUAUGAAAUUGCUGGACCAACUCAUAAUCUUACGUGUGUUACAAUGGAUUUCACUCCUCGAGAAGAUGGGAACUUCAACUACACAACUCUUGGAGCUGAAUCUGAUGGGACAAAGUUUAGUGAAAAUUUGUUAGCCAUACGUACUGAUAAUCAAAAUUCAUUCAAUGUCUCCGAUCUUUCAACCAAUAGCACUUCCCAAAUUACCUAUUAUAUAGCCAACACUGAUUACGAUAACUUUCUGACUUUUUACGUUUGUGUUUACCUUCCUGGUUACUCAAAUUUUCUAUCCGGUUUCAUUCUGUCCAGGACUAACAGUAUGAGCGAUGGCGAUGUUUACAAGCUGAAAAAUUUGUUGGUUAAUACUUAUGGAGUUCCUAGCGACAGAUUAGGAGUCAUAACACAAAAAGGCUGUAAAUAUUGGCCAGUUGCUUAG